AUGGUACAAAUCGGAUACAAAAUAACAGUUGCUAAGGACCUUGGCGACAUUGAGCGACCUUUCACCGUUAUCAGAGGUCUACACUCGUACGUGAUGAAAGACGAAUAUAGUGCAGGACCAGAGGACCUAUACGAUAGUUGUUCGGCAUUCCAACAUGGAUAUCCGGCCACACCGUAUGAUUUCAAAAAUCCAGAAGACUUUAAAAAAGUUCUAAGAGAGGCUGAAGUCAAUAUCGUUGCUGUGCCUGGUCAAAAAAUCACAACCUCACAAACUCCAAACCUGGAGAAAUGUGCAAAGGAUACAGAUUUUGAACGCUCACGACCGUUGUUCUAUUUCAAUAUCAAGAGGAAGGACGGCUCAUUUUUCGAAAAGAGUGCUGCUAACGCCAGUUUCUGGGCAAGACAAUUCCCAGACAGAACGUGCGCCGAUAUGCCCCGAGUGGCAUUGGCUUACACUCAAAGAGGACUAAUCGACGUUCCAAAUAAUGCUCGCCUUUUUGUAGUGUGCACGUUCGGUGCUCCACCCAAUGUGAAAGCGGAUGAAAUGUCUGAUGAUGAUUGUCAUCCACUUGCAACAUAUGAUAAAGAUUUGCGUCAAUGCAAAUGUAAAGAAGGGCAUGAAGACUUGGCGGACACAAAGAUAUUUUUAAAGAGAGAUACCGAUUCUCAGAGGGGAAUGUAUUGCCUCAGAUGUGUGUCAAGCACAGAAAUUGACGUAUUUAUGGUAAUGGAUGUUUUCAAGGGUAGUGAAGGACGAGCCGUACGUUGCAUAUAA